AUAAAACCCAGAGCAACAGAUGCAACACCUCAUCAAUAGACUACUGGGUUGCAGCUCAUGUCGACCCCUCCCCAACUUCUCCUGCGCACUGCAAUCAAACUGAAUAUCAAAGACCGCUCGUGCGUAAAGUUGCUGGCACCCGCCUCUUCGCUCUCCAAACCUGAACCAUGUACCCGUUUAAUGCCAGUUUCAGUAACUUCAGUCUGAUGAUGGAGGUUGCGGACAUGCCCCGGGAUGAGAACCUGGCCAAAGUAGAGAUCGCGCUGCUCAGCGUCAUCUUCGUCAGUGCCGCUAUCCUGAACACGGGUCUACUACUGGUUCUUUGGAAGCGGCGCAAACAGGUAUCCAAGAUGCGUGUCUUGGUGUUCCACCUUUGCGUUGCAGACCUGGUUGUGGCGUUUUUCCAGGUGUGCCCGCAGCUCAUGUGGGACAUUACGGACAGAUUCAUCGGACCGGACCUGGUGUGCCGCUUGGUGAAAUAUCUGCAGGUCGUAGGCAUGUUUGCGUCCACCUACAUGAUCGUAGUGAUGACCAUUGACCGCUACCAGGCUAUCUGCAACCCUAUGGUCAAAUUUCAGAGGAGGCGCAAGCGCUGGAACAUCCCUGUUUGCAUCGCCUGGGCGAUAUCCCUCGUGGGAGGCCUGCCUCAGAUCUUCAUCUUCUCGCGGGUCCAGGUGGCGCCCGGGGUGUUCGACUGCUGGGCGGACUUUAUCCAGCCCUGGGGCUUGAAGACUUACAUCACCUGGACCACGAUGGUUAUCUUUGUCUUGCCCAUUUUGACCGUGGUGGUGUGCCAGGUGCGAAUCUGUCGAGCCAUCCAGAAUAACCUUUACUUAAAGACGCACCAGGAUGGGGGUAGCGGGGUUGCCUUUCAGCUGCCCUCCAGAACCAGCAGCGUGGCUGGUGUGUCCAAAGCACGAAUCAAAACUGUGAAGAUGACAGUGGUUAUCGUACUUGCCUACAUCAUCUGCUGGACUCCGUUCUUCACGGUCCAGCUUUGGUCUGUGUGGGACAAGGACGCGCCAACAGAAACCGCAACGUUCACCAUCCUGAUGCUGUUGGCAAGUCUGAACAGCUGCGCCAAUCCCUGCAUCUACCUGCUCUUCAACGGCCAGCUGCCCAAUAAACUGACGGUGCUGUGCCGAAGGCCUUCCAACGGGAAAGACUCCAUUAACUAUGAGGCCACAGUGGUCAGCUCGCUCUACAUGAGCUUCAGAAGCAUCUCCGACUCCAAAUAGAACACACGGUUUUCAUAUUCUCCAGGUAUGGGGAAGUAAGUAACUAGAGACACGCUUUAGAACCUGAAAGGGUUCUUUGGCUGUCCCCAUAAGAGAACCCUUUGAAGAAACCUUUUUGGUUCCAUGUAGAACCCGUAACAAAAAAGGGUUUUCCUAUGGGGUACUGCCGAAGAACCCUUUUGGUGCUCUUUCUUCUAAGAGUGUAUGUGUGGAAAUACACGCUAAAUACUGGGGUGGAUGAAGGCAGCCUGUUUGUGAUGUGGGCUGGCGCUGGGUGUCACAGAGAUAUAUCACGGUUGUAACACCUCUGGCAGACAACAUAGGAAUGAACAACAUUAGUUAGAUUUCCGACAGUAUUCAUGCCAAUAUGUUCAAAUCCACAUAAAAACAAUAGGCGAAUUUCCCACUCUGAUGGUGUUUCCAUCAAAUGUACUUGAUUGACAUGAUGCAGAUAAAAGGCUGUGUGCGCGUGAUCGUGUGGUGCACAUAAAAUAUAUUUUGCGGUUAAAUGUACCCAAGACAAAAUACAAGUUAAAUGAGUUUCCAGCACAUUUUCAACUCUACUGAUGGUUUUCUAGCUAACAGCGCUAUCGUAUUUAUAUUUGUCAAACGGCAGCCAGGCCUUGAUUAACAUGUCACCAGAAGAAAACCCUCGAUAUUUAUUGGAAAGGAGCAUCAAGCUCAUCACCUUGCACUUUCACCAC